CGUGUUUGUACUCCUUGAGCUCGAUUGUUCCUCCAGCUCGAAACAUACAUGGCGACAUCCGUACCAAUGUCUCAGGCCACGACUCUUCACGCUACAGACGAAGAGGCGGUGCUCCGCCUUCCUCAUGACGUCGAGCGCGGCGCCCCGGACGGAACGGAACGCGGCGGCCCCGCGGGGAAGUCCCUCAAGUUCGCCUCCGCGAGCGAGUACCCCGGCAGCGGGACUCGCGAGGACCCAUACCGCGUCGACUGGGACAUCGGCGACGCAGACAACCCGUUCAACUGGUCCAAGACGCGAAAAUGGAUGAUAACCGGGCAGCUGGCCUUGUCGACGUUCACCGUCUCGUUCUGCAGCAGCUGCUACUCCGGCGGCCUGGCGUCCAUGAGCGCCGAACUGCACAUAUCCCAGACGAUCGCCAUCCUCGGCGUUUCGCUCUACGUGCUGGGCUUCGGCCUGGGCCCUCUUGUGUUCGCGCCGCUGGGCGAGCUAUACGGGCGGCGGAUCGUGUUUGUGCUCACCGCCUCGGUGUUCAUGCUCUUCCAUUUGGGCGGCGCUCUCGGGCACAAUGCUGCGACGAUCCUCAGCACUCGUCUCCUCGCCGGUAUUUUUGGAUCGGCCCCGCUGACGAAUGCUGGAGGUGCCCUCAGUGACAUGUGGAUCGCGCGAGAACGGGGCUUUGCGACUUCACUGUACGGCACGGCACCAUGGAUGGGACCUGUGCUGGGGCCUAUUGUCGGUGGCUGGGUUUCCCAAUCCCGGCUGGGGUGGCGUUUCUCGUUCUGGAUAAUGUUCAUCGUAUCGGCCUUGAACGCCCUGUCCUACUAUUUCCUCACCCCAGAAACUUUUGGCCCUGUGCUCCUCCGCCGGAGAGCGCGACGGCUGACGAAAGCGAGCGGCAGAGCGGUGCUCUUUGUAUCGCGAUUCGACAUCAACCGCUCAGUGUCGUUGUCGGCUGUUCUGAAAAGAGACAUGGGUCGCCCGUUCUAUUUCCUGUUCACGGAACCGAUCGUCCUGCUCCUCGCGAUCUACAUUGCGAUCGCAUAUGCGACGCUAUACGCAUUCUUCGCGGCGUACCCCAUCGUGUUCCAGGAACGGAGAGGGUUCUCUGAAGGAGAAGGCGGACUGGCGUUCCUUGGGAUCGGCGUGGGAAACCUGUUAGGUAUAUCGCUCGCCCCCAUCCAGAACAAACUUUACUGGAGAGCGAUGGAUCGCAACGACGGCAGGACAGUGCCAGAAGCGAGGCUGUACCUGCCCAUGGUUGGCGGCAUUUUCCUCCCAAUCAGCCUGUUCUGGUUCGCUUGGACAAGCGACCCGCCUAUUCCGUGGAUUGUGCCAGUGCUCGCUGGCAUUCCCUUCGGCUUCUCUUGCGCAAUCAUCAUGCAGGGAUUGACGCAAUACCUCAUGGACGCGUAUUCGAUAUACUGCGCCAGUGCGAUCGCGUCCACUGUUAUCCUUCGCUCCGUUGUCGCGGCCAUAUUCCCACUGAUUAGCCCGGCAUUGUACCACAAUCUCGGGGAUGCCUGGGCUUGCAGUGUAUUCGCGUUUCUGGCCUCGGCGUGCAUGCCGGUACCGUUUCUGUUCUAUAAAUACGGGGCAUGGGUGCGGAGCAAGUCAAAAUGGGCGUUGCGAGACAACGUACCGAUUCAUACAGAGCCGCCUUCUCGUGCUGACUUUGAUGAUAAGAAAGUCCCUGAAGCGAGCGAGAAGGCGGUAGUAUGAGAUACAUAGAGGAUUAUGAUUUUACGACUUGCAUAGACUUUGUAUCCAUGGAUUUUUCACCAGG